GUAUCACAUAAUUGUUUGAAAUGGCGAGAUGGAUGGUCAUGGCUAAAAGAAGCACGUAUUAAGAGAACUCUACGUUUUCUAGAUAUGAGUAAUAAUUCAUUGUUCGAAUUAUCGGAAUUUAUCUGGAAUUUGACUGCUUUAGAGGAAUUGAACAUAAGUCACAACUUUUUGGGACAUUUACCACAAGGCAUUAAAAAACGACCUGUUCAAAAUCUUAGGACUUUGGAUUUAUCGCAUAACUUGUUAAAAUAUCUACCAAUUGAAAUAAAUAGGUUGAAAUUGCAAACUAUAAAUAUUUCAAUGAAUCCAUUCUUUGUUCGCGAUGAAGAAAAUUGGCAAGGUGCGGUAAUGUUUUCAAGCCUUUCUCAGUUAGCAGCUAAAAUACUGCGUCUAUAUUGCAGAAAUAGAGAAAUUUUUCGAUCGGAUAAAAUGACUCAACUUAUAUAUAGAAAUACAUUCAAGUGCUUAGAUUGCAAUAACAUUUGUGCAACUACCUAUUUGUACACAGCGUGUCAAGCACGUCGUUUCAUGGUUCCAAUAGCUCCAAACAUAAUAAAACAUGCAGUAGAUUGGUCAAUGAGAUGUUACUAAACGGAGAUUUGUUUAAAACGCGGGAUACGCCCUCUCUACUCCGCUUCAUUCUCCGAUUUUUUUCUGGAGUAAACUGAACUAUCGUGACAUUUCUGACUAGAGGUAGUCG